UGAGCAGCUGCUAUAAAACCUGAAGCUGCAGGAAGACACGGAAACCCAGAGAAGACGACGGACAGCAGAGUUUUGUCUCCAGAAUCAAGAUGCAGCUCUGCAGCCAUCUUCUGAUCAUCUGCCUGCUGUCCAUCAUCCUGCAAUGCAACGUCCUUGGAGUCCAACAGCAGCCGGCUCAGCACAUAGACGGGCCCGGGCUGAGGACGCUGGCCGUCCUGUGGCGCCAUCCAGGAAGGAUGAAGCCCAGACUGGAGCUCAGCGCCAAACUCCUCCGAACAGACGACCUGGUGAUGAUGAUGGAGAAUGACGUGACUGAGCCCAAGAGGAAGAGGAGUUUCCCUGGGAACAAUGCCCCGCUGGACCGGCUGUCCAUGAGCUCCAUGGAAACCAGACAGGGCAAGAAGAAGCAGAGCAAGGUGGUGGAGUCGCCACGGCGACGAAACAAUCCGCCUCCCAUCGACCGAGUCGGAAUGAGCCGUCUACCGACUCGAGGAUAGCGAGGACGCCCACCUCUGGACAGUCGAGUCUGCAUAAAUAUCAGCCUACCACCUGCUGAACCACGAUGACUGAUCACCUCACCUGGACACGCUACAAAUGAUGGUGCAUUCAGGUGCAGCUCAGUAAAUUCAGGACCAAUUCUUAGUCUUAAGGAGAGACAAACUUCUUCACAAAACACAAAAUUCAUGACGACAUUACAUCAUUUCAUGCAUUUUAAUGUAAUUUUCCAUCAAACACCAAAACUAGCAAGUAGCUGAAAUCUGCUUUUAUAGCUCGCUAAAGAAGAAGUGAAAAGAAUCGUAUCGAAUUAUUUUAGGCAAAAAUUAUGAGAAAUUCCCAAAAUAUUCAAAUAAAUGCAACAACAAAGUCAAUUAUGAUCAAAUAUAAAUGUUUAAUACCAGAACUGAUUCAGAUGAUUUGAACACUUUAAGUCCAACAAUCUAUUAAUGGUGUUAGAAAAAUACCUUCGGUCAAAUAAUGUCAUUCAUUUAGAAAAGCUCAUUUUGGUGCAUCUUUUGGGGCAACGUUUUAUUUCUACCACAGUU